AUGAAAACCCCAAACGUCCAGCCCCAAUCGACUCACCAAACCAAUCACCGUAAUGGCCGCCCGCAUAUUCAGAAUUCUAAACUAUUCAAGAGAAAAUAUGUGGUCACUCCUUACUAUCCCCGACGUACUGAGCCAGAGGCAAUAGGAAUCUCUGAUUCCACCUGCAAGGUCAACGGCGACCCCGUCAAUGAGUGGAAGCUACCUAUUCCGCCGCUAGAACAGCGUGAGGUCAAAAUCAGUGGUCACCCGUGCAAUCCUCAACAUCAAAGCCGCUUCUUCAAGCUCCCACCCGAGAUCAGGAGGUUAAUCUACCUAGAACUGCUAGGUGGACGCCGCGUGCAUAUCGACUAUACUUUUAAGUGGCCGUCGCCGUUUCGGCCGCAGCCGCUAGCGAAGAAGCGCAAGCGUUAUUAUUGGCAAUGGUGGCAUCUUCUAUGCCACGAAAGUGAUUAUUUCUCGAAUGACCCGUUUUUUGAUCGGUGUGCCAUUCAUGCAGAUGAGGCUAAUGAUGCUAAGAACCAUGGGUGGACGGUAGCGCCCGAGGGGACGAAGAUUCGGGGCGUUGAGUUGUUGAGCUCUUGCCAGAUGGCGUUAGUCGCUCCGUCAUGUCCCUCUUAUAGUUCUAAAAUCUCAUACAAAGGCAGAUAUCGAGAAGCAUUGCCUAUCCUUUAUAGCACUAAUGUUUUCGAUAUGGGCGAUGUGGUGGACACCCCAUUCCACAUGUCUAGGCUUUUUCCCUCGGAAUACACUUCUCAAAUAACAGCCAUGGGCAUCUGUAUCGAAAUUCGCAAAUCACACUGCAAGCCGCCCGAAAUCACCGGGAAUUGGGUGGAGGUCUACCCGGCCUGUUAUGAGCUCUUCAAUCAUACGUUCUGGAACGUGCGACGACUACGUGUGACCAUGCGCUUAACGCCCUGGGACAUUCCUCCAAUAACCAUGAAUGAUCAGAAUCUGGAUGCGUUUAUUGCGCCCUUGGAGAAACUGGAAAUGAGUCGAGAGUGGAUCUAUUUGGAUCUGUGUGUUCCAGAUGAUUGGUAUCCUUAA